GAAUCACUCACCCAGAUCAGCCACAUUUGACUGAAGCACCGCUCAGUCCGUACAGCUGAAUCUCUCAAAGAGACGAAGCGAAGCCCGCGUUUUUGAGGGUUGAUUGACGGUGGCGAAAUUCCGGACGUCGACCGAUGUUCUUCCACGGAAACUCUAGCUCGGCCGACUUGCAGUGGUGGUGGUGGGUCCAACUCCUGAUCGUUGCGUUAUAUUGCAUUUUAGCUUCCUGGAAAGCGAUCCGAUGGUGCAAAGCUUUGGACAUGCGGGAGGCGUGGGCUUCGCUGGAGAGCCGACUAUUUACACGGACCUUCUCCGCCGUGGUGCCCGAGGAAGACGACCCCAUCAGGGAAAAGAGCUACAAGAUGCAGCUGGAUGGACUUGAAUCAGAGAUCGCUUAUGUGUCCCUCACACAGGUCAUCGCCCCAUUCUGCCUCUUCACGGUGGUCAUGUCCUUGGGAAGGAAUUUGGAUCUGGAUUUGGAGAACAUGGGUCUCGUCUUCGGCGACACCAACACCAUGCCGCUGAUCGUCACCGGCAUCGUUUGGUGCAGAGGCAUCCCACCCAGUCGCAUGAUGCGCAUCUCCAUGUGGCUCCUCCUGGCCGCCUGGUUCGUUGCCACCCUGGUGUACCACCUGGUGACCUACAACUGGCGCUUCAUCGAAGAAGUUUGGCUGAACCAUAUGGUCUUCGUGACCGUGAUGUCCUUAGCUCUUCAAGUCCGGCGGUCCUUCAUCGUGGCCAGUAUGGUGCUUCACACCUGCUUCUUCUUGUCACUGACCUUGAUCAAUGGCUCCGAGAUCUACGUCGAUGGCGAGAGGGUGGUAGGCCCAUCCCCAGGCUCGCAAGUCUUAUUAGUGAGUUUGGUGGUGCUUUGCAUCAAUUAUAGCCAGGUGCUUUCACAGAUGGUUUCGAAGAAGGCCAAUGCGGAAUACAACUUGGUCCAAGCAGAGGUGCUGCGCGUCACCAUGGAAAAGAGGGCCUUGGAUGCGGAGGAGGCCUCACGGCAGAAGGAGCAGGCCGCCAUCCUGGCACGCGCGGAGCAAGACGCCAAGGAGGCGCUGAACCAGGCAGAGAAAGCAGACGAUCGGCGUGUGGCCGCCGAGGCAAAUGCGCAUCUCAUCCAGAAGAUGCACGACGCCAUGCAGAACUUGCUGUUGAUGCUUUGUGACGCCGUGGUUGAAGUGGACAGCGAGCUGAACAUCUUAGACCAGGGGAAGCUGGGCUUGGUGCUCUACCAGCAGCAGAAGGAUUUGAAGGGCCGGUGCUUGAUGGACUUUUUGCGACAGGAAGAUGCUGAACACUUCAAGGAGCGAGUGGAUGCCUCUGAAAAGCAAAACAUCCCGGUCUCUGUCACGAUGAUCGGCUCCUACUCGAUGAAGAUCCGUGUCACGGUCUACUCAACACAGAUUUGGCAAUCCGAUGGCUCUUGCACCUACGUCCUGGGAAUUUGCGAGUCGGAGGAGUUCAGCCAGAAACACCUGACCAGUGAGGCUGAGGAGACACGGGAGACGGACUACUUCAGCCCAGUAGGGUGGAGUGACCGGGACUCAGAGGCCUCCAAGCCUUCAGGCUCCGCCGGUUCUCCGGUCGAUCUGGCGCCGAUUCAGCCCAUGGAGCCCGAGGAGAAAUGGCGAUGGAACGGAACGGUGCAAGAUCAGCUCAACUGGAAUGUUCAACAAUGUUUACGCAUGACUGCAGAAGCACGGCCGUACAAGAGUUGGCGUCCCAACUCUCCUCCAACUGAUUUCCGCUUUUGCCGCUGCUUUGGUCAUGGCCGGUCCCGGCCCGACCUGGGUGCUGCGAGACACAUCGCUUGGUCGAUGAGGCCGUGGAGCUCAUCCCCAAGUUGAAAGGCUUAGAGUGCCAGGAGGCUCCACGGUGCCUCAUCUGGCAAUGCCCUGGCUGCAAGCUGAAGGGCGUCCCAGGUGAGCGCGACUUCUACCGCCCUUUGGAGAAGACGUGCGGCAAAUGUGCCUCAUGGGACAUGCUGCUUUAGGCUUCAGCGGCCGCGUUCAGACCGUGACGACCUGAUCGGGGCGUAGCACGUGGUUUGGAGGGAUCCAAGCCGGGACGUGCGGGCGGAUGGUGUUUCUUUGUUUUUUUAAAGCGCAGCAUCCGAACUCAGUGGAGUCGAGGCUUUCGGACCUCCUGUUGACCA